AUGAUUAUUAGUUGCCGUUUAAUGUCAAAUUGUUGCAUUCCUCCAUUUUUUGCCCUCUCCUCCGCAUCUUGGCUUUCUGGCUGUUCUCCAAUUCGGUACUACUGGAAUUCUGACGAUGGGUGUCCCUCUUACUCCAGCCAUCCUCCUCUGUAUCCGGUCAAUGGCAGCUCCGCUCGGCUUCUUCCUGGCUUCUCAUACCUCCGUUCUUUAGGAAAUUCUACUGAUUGA